AUGGAUAAAAAAGAAGAAACCAAGCAACCCGACAACAUAAUCUACGACAAAAAUGACUCAUCAGUGGCUUCCUUCAUCAGCUACCUCAUGGCGGGUUUUGGCUGCAGAGGAAUCAAGCAGUUUCUCGGAAUUUAUUUAGUGAUUCUCUCUAGAGACUACGCAUCUUCCGUGUUGUGCCUAGAGAACCUCGAAUUAUGCUGUGACGACAAGAAGAGCUAUGAGGUGGUUCCGGUGUUCUAUGGUGUAAGUCGAUCGGACGUGAGGCAACAAUCGGGGCCGUUUAGUGAUGCGUUCACAAAGCUGGAAAGGUCAAAUCCUGCAGAUCAUGUGACUAAGUGGCGACGCAUGUUUGCGAAAAUAGCAGAACUAAAAGGCCAUGAGUAUGAUGAAGAAUUAAGCGAAGAAUCCGAAUUUGUGGAAGAGAUCGUGGAAGAUGUGUAUGAGCUACUUAAUCCUACGGAAGAGAUUAGGAUCCACAGCCGGCAACUGGAUAUACAAAACUUGUUAUGCAAGCAACAAUGGGGCCUUCGCACUCUAGGCAUUUUAGGUAAGCCUGGCAUUGGCAAGACAACACUUGCUAGAGCGGUCUUUCGCAGAAUGGUUGGAGGCUAUGAUGCUUCUCACUUUGUCAAGGAUUUCCACACACGAUAUAGUGAGAUGACACUUGAGCCUUUGCCUGCUCAUUUCUUGUGUAUGACUCAAGUCGAAGAGUUUGACCUAAACAAUUCUGGCUCCGAGCAAUGCCAUCGCCAAAAAAGGGUUUUGAUUGUUCUAGAUGAUGUACGAAAUGAGCAAGACGCGAUGUCUUUUCUUGGAGAAAUUGAUCAGUUUGGUCCAGGGAGCUUGAUCAUCAUAACCUCAAGAGAUAGACAAGUACUUGAGAAGUGCCAUCUCAACGAGAUUUAUGAGCUUAACGGUCUAAAUGGUGAAGAUGCUAGGAAGCUAUUCACGAGGUGUGCCUUUGGGAAAGAUGUGAUAGUGAAGAAUCUUCCAAUGAUUGUUAUUAAAGGUUUUGAAGGGAACCCGUCUGCUCUUCGCUCAUAUGCGAAUAAAUUUAAGGGAAAGACCACAGAAGAUUCUAUGAGGAUCUUGUUUAAGGAUGCAGUUUUUAACACAAAGAAGAACACAUCUAUGUGCAUUUACUCCAAUAUUGCUAUUCAUGAACAUAAAAGUAUAUUUUUGAACAAGACUGUCUUGCAUGCCAUACAGAACAUUAUAUUUGAUCUGGAGGAGCACCCGGAUUUGGAUCUUCCUAACCACGUCGCUGAGUCUAUCAGUGACCUAAGGAGUCCUUGUGUGCAUCAUCCAUCCGUGCAGGUGCAAUCCUUGCCCAAACAUUUUCACAGAAGGCAACUUGUUCUACUCCAUGGACUUGCUUGUCAAUUUUACAAACUUUGGGAAGGAUAUAAGAGGUUCUCGAGGUUGAGGAAAAUCAAUCUUGGGCACUGUGAGAAACUAGUUCAAGUUGUGGAACUAUCAAACGCAUGUUACCUUGAGGAAAUCAAUCUUCAAGACUGCAAAAACUUGGAUACCUUUCCAGACACUGAUCAGCUAGAGAAUCUCCAAUUUCUUGAUCUCUCUAAUUGCAGUGGGAUCAAAUAUUUUCAAGAAAAUGCUAGCAAGCUUGAGAAGCUGUGGGAUGGAGCUCAGUCUACGGGGUUCCUUAUACCUGAGAGAAAUCCCAGAUCCACCAAUCUUGAGAGAUUAGAUCUUAGCGUUUGCUCGAGUUUGAUGUUGCUUCCUCCCUCUAUUGGGCAUCUCCAACAAUUGAAGGAUUUGAACAUGGAAGAAAUUUCAAGAAACAUUUCAUAUCUCUAUCUUGAUAAAACUGCAAUAGAGGAAGUUCCACAAUGGAUCGAGGAUAUCUCUGGGCUAUCUGACCUUUCGAUGAGUGAUAGCUGGCAGAACCACCCUGAGGAGAUCUCCACUUCUCUCAUGAGAGUAGACAUGUCUGGUAACAGUUUUGAAAGACUUCCAGACACAUGGACUUCCAUUCAACCAAAAGAUCUUAUCCUUGGUAACUGCAAAAAUCUCGUGUCACUACCAGAGCUCCCUGCAACGCUCUCUCUGCUAACGGCAAAUAAUUGUGUAUCACUUGAGAGCUUAUACGUUCAUGGAAAUGUUCUAACCGUCUCUUUACCUCGUAUCUCUCUUUCCAAACAAAUCUUGAGAUAUAAAGCUUGCAUUGUGGUUGAAUCAAGACCUGGGCCUGUCAAUGAUCCUCCAGCUGAGUUGAGCUAUGGCGAUGUGCAGUUUGAGUUUUUAUGCCUUGACCACAGGAAGGAAAUAAUAAAGAUAAAAGAAUGCGGCAUACAACUCAUGGAGGUUUAUAGUAGGAAAAGAUCUGGAACUGAAGACGGAAACAAGCCUGCAGAGAACGACGAAGAGUUAAGGAGAAUCAGGAAGCAAAUGCGUGUACGCAUGACCAAGCAUUGAUCACAUAAAGAGCAGCUCAAGAACCUUCUGGUUAGAAUACACAACUUUGAAUUUCAAGAUUCGGUUCAGUCUAGGGGGAGCGUCUAGCUACUGCGGUAUCUUAUGGCUGAGAUACCACGGCUGACUCUUUAAUGCCACUCUUCUGUCAACAGUUUUUUUUGCAGGAGAGAUUUCUAGUUUGAUCUAGCUAUAGCAGAACAAUGACAAAAGUGAUAGGAAACUAGAAGAGUGAAAGAGCUAAUGAUUACGGAUUUACG